UGUUGACGAAGGUGGGUGGAGGAGAGAGCCCACAUAGCGAUCUCUUUACUGGAGGAGCAGCAGCGUUUCUGCUCCCAACUGCCCGCUCACGCUAUGUUGCCCGACCGGUUGGCCUCCUGACACCGAACGGGAUCUGAGGAAAGCGGGAUAACAUAACCGUAUGUGACAGAGUUAUGGACGCUAAUCGAGAUUUGUGGAGCUCUGCGGCUCGCUGAAACAUUUGAGACUCCCUCUAGCUGCUGCCUAAGCAACGGCUAGCAUUAGCCGCUGAAGACAAACAGCUGCCCGGAAGGAGGCCGCCGCGGCGCCGGGUUGGGAUUUAACGUUCCUCGCCCCGACAUUCCUGCCGAUCCCACACAAAGCCAACCGCGAAGGGGUAUUUAUGUGUUCCGGGUAAGAAUGGAGUCCACUUUGGGGAUAUCCAACGAGGAAUGCUUGGCAACUGUGAAAGGUCAGGAGCUGAGGUCUGGCCAGAAGGAGCCCAGACUGCUGUCUCUAAUUGAACGCAAUGGAGAGUUUAUAUUGGGCGUUUUGGCCACUCCUGAUGCUGUCGUGUCUCGUCCAGUGGCCCAGUUAUCCAUACCUGUGAACCAGAAAUUUGAAAUUAUACGAGAAGCUGAAGAGGCUCUCCUGAUUGACUUUUCUGACGAUUCGAGUAUUACAGUACGAAUCAGAGGAGAAAAGUCUCCAGAGCUGAUGCUGGAGCUGCAGGACGAUGAGCGGACUCAGACGUUCUUAACUCAGGUGAAAAGCGCUCAAGAGCAAGUUGCGUACAAGCUAAGUAAACCCAAAGCGAUGGAGCCGCUCACUCCAGCGGCGCAUCGAGGUCCGGUUCCGGUUCCACCACAGCGGGCCACAAAGACCGCCAACAGCAGCGGAGACCACCAGACCAGAACCUUCAUAGCUCCGGUCUCCAACCUCAACAACGCAGCAGGAAAUCAUAACGCCACCGAAUAUGGAUUUGGAGAGGGCUUAAAGAACACCGUUAAAGUGGAGGAGAAGAAGAACCAGCAGAAUCGGAUCGUUGCGUCCAGAGAGCCGCCUCCUGUUCCCACUCUGCCUCCCCGAAAAGCCUCCUUCCCUCCGUCCAAUCCUCUUCCUCCGCCUCCAAUCCCAAAAGAUUCGGCUGCAGCCUUUCAGGCCCGAGGCACCGCUCCUGUACCGAACACCAAACCAGAUAGUAUCAGACCAACUGAUUACACGGACAGACCGUCGUCCUGGUGUGACAGUCCGUCUACCAACAGCAUGAGGCAGGCCAUGCUGUCCAGCGAGGCCGGGCAAAGAGAGUACCUCAUUAAACACCGCCUGGGCAAAAAGGAGAAGGAGUAUGUGGACAUCCAGCCCUUCAGUUUCUUCAUCGGAACCUGGAACGUGAACGGUCAGUCCCCAGACAGCAGCCUGGAUCCCUGGCUCUGGUGCGACCCCGAUCCUCCUGAUAUUUACGCUGUUGGUUUUCAAGAACUGGACCUGAGCACUGAGGCGUUUUUCUACUUGGAGUCGUCCAAAGAGCAGGUCUGGAUCGAAGCCGUGGAGAGAAGCCUGAAUAGAAAAGGCAACUACAAAAAGAUCCGGGUGAUCCGACUUGUUGGGAUGAUGCUUGUGGUCUUUGUCAAGAAGAAACACAAGAAUCACAUCAAGGAAGUGGCUGCAGAGCACGUCGGGACGGGAAUUAUGGGAAAAAUGGGGAACAAAGGAGGCGUCGCUGUCAGGUUUGUUUUCCACAACACCAGCUUCUGCAUCGUUAACUGCCACCUGGCGGCUCAUGUCGAAGACUUUGAGCGCCGCAAUCAGGACUACAGAGACAUCUGUGCCCGAAUGACCUUCCACCUCCUGGACUACCCGCCGCUGAGCAUCGUCAAACACGAUGUGGUGAUCUGGCUUGGAGACCUGAACUACCGCCUCUUCCUGAACGAUGCAGCAGAAGUCAAACAUCUCAUUGCUGAGAACAGGCUAAAGAAGCUGCAGGAGUAUGACCAGCUGAACGUUCAGAGACAAACCAAAAGAGCCUUCACCGACUUCUUAGAGGGAGAUAUCAACUUCAUUCCCACAUACAAGUACGACACUAAAACGGAUCGAUGGGACUCCAGCGGGAAGUGCCGAAUCCCUGCCUGGUGCGAUAGGAUUCUUUGGCGGGGCAGCAGCGUCACGCAACUCAAAUACCGAAGCCACAUGGAAAUGAAAACGAGCGACCACAAGCCCGUCAGCUCGCUCUUCAAAAUUGGGGUGAAAGUCGUGGAUGAGCUGCGCCAGAAAAAAGUGUUUGAAGACAUCGUUCGCGCCAUGGACCGAAUGGAGAACGACUGCCUUCCUUCUGUGUCUCUCAGCAGGAUAGAUUUUUCGUUUAAGGACGUCAAGUUCAGGCAGCUGCAGAAGGAGCGCUUCCUGAUUAAAAACGACGGCCAGGUACCGUGUCACUUUGCCUUCAUCCCCAAACCAAACGACCCAAACUAUUGCAAACCGUGGCUGCGUGCCGAACCCAGCGACGGAUUCUUGGAGCCAAGUGAGACCCUGGAAAUCUAUCUGGAGGUGUAUGUAAGUAAAGACUCUGUUACGCUGCUAAACUCUGGACAAGACUCUAUUUAUGAUAUCCUGGUGCUCCAUUUGGACCGCGGCAAAGACUACUUCAUCACCAUCUCUGGGAACUACCUGUCCAGCUGCUUUGGCACCUCACUGGAGACUCUGUGUCGCAUCAGGAAGCCGGUCAGAGAGGUCGCCAACCUCAUCGACCUGGGAGAGGACAGCGGUACAGAGAAGGAAAAGUCGAUGGUGAAUUUGAUGUUUGCGGAUGGAGGAAGUUCUGACGACGUACCUCUGAAAAUCCCCAAAGAGGUUUGGAUCCUGGUCAACCACCUCUUCACCAAGUCCUGCGAUCAGGAGGAUUUAUUCCAGACUCCAGGCCUGCAGGAGGAGCUCCAGAGCAUCAUUGACUGCCUGGACACCAGCAUCCCAGAGUCUCUACCUGGUUGUAACCACUCGGUAGCCGAAGCUCUGCUGAUCUUCCUGGAGGCCUUGCCGGAGCCGGUGGUUUGCUACGAACUCUACCAACGGUGCCUUGACAGCUCUCACGACAGCCGCCUCUGCAAGCAGCUGGUCUCACAGCUCUCCCGGCCGCAUCGAAACGUGUUUCGAUACUUGAUGUCUUUCCUGAAGGAACUGCUGAAGCACUCGAACAACAACAACCUAACAGCAAACCUCAUCGCUACUCUCUUCGCCAGCCUCCUCAUCCGACCGCCGCCCAACAUGGCCAGCAGGCAGUCGGGUCAUGACCGACAGAAAGCCAUCAACUUCAUCUUGGGGUUCCUCAUGUCUGCAGACGACGACUAACCAACGGGUCGACGGCCCGACCCACCGGGUCACCGACCCGCUCUUUAUUUCACCAAACCGCUCACCAACUCGGCCAUCACGGGCUGCAAAGACGUCACUUUGACCUCUGCAGGCGUCGCGUUUUCCAUGUGGGAAGAGUUUGAACUGGCUCACUUUUUAACGACUUAAAGGAUGGAGACUGGCCCUCGCCGUCUGCUGACUCUUUACGGGAAGACACUCAUGCCAAAAAACAGUGAGUGGACAAACUGUGGAAACACUAUCCAGAGAGACCCACGCUAAACACAGGAGUGCUACUUUGAGGAAUGGCGGUAAAUAAUACUGUUGAUCAUUUAGUCUGAAAUGUACGGGAGAAGAUUAGGGCCACCAAGAAAAUUUAAAAUUCUAAUUAACUCAGAAUUUUGACCUUUUUAAAAAAAAAUUUAAGAAUUCUGACUUUCUUUCUGAAAUUUGUUCAGGAUUCUUUUUAUUUUUUUUCCUCUCAGAAUUCUGAUUUUUUUUUAAAUAGAAUUCUGACUUUAACCUCUGAAUUCUUUUUUCUGAGAAUUCUUUUCUGAAUUCUUUCGUCUCUUUCUCAGAAUUCUGACUUUAAACUUAGAAUUCUGGCUUUCUCUGAGAAUUCUGAAAAUUCUUUUUUUCUACGAAUUCUCAGAAUUCUUUUGACUCUUUUUCUCAGAAUUCUGACCUUAAACUCAAAAUUAUAACUCCGUCACUUUAUGUCAAAAUCCACAUAAAUUAGGUAAAUUAUGUUGUUAGUAUAUGAAAAUGAUCACAUAACUUUUUCUUCCUUGUUAUAUGUUUUGUAAACCUUCACUCUCGGAAAUACUGUCCCAAAAUUAUUUGGUAGAUUUUCGUUUUAUAAUUAGAUUUGCCUAAUGGUGCAUUUAGGCAAUUCUGAUUCUGAGAAAAAAAGCACAAUUUUUAGUUGGUUUUUUUUUAAUGGCCCUAAUCUUUCUCUGUAGGAAUAAGUAUAGUAUUUAGUUACUACGAAUGUUUGUGCUUAAGCAAGGACAAUCAUUUGUUGCUGCAUUUUAGGUGAGGAGACAAUAGAAUUUAUUAGCUAACACAUUGGUUGUAUUUUAACUGUUAUUUAUAUUUUUUUUUUCCUCCUGCAUUUGCAACAUUUGAUUUUUUUCUUUUUACUGCAGUUUGUUUUACUUUUGUACCAGUACUAUAAAGAACAACCUAAUUGAAGUUGGCCACAGACAUUCUUCAAAUUGGUGUCAAAUGUUUGUGCAAAACAUUUUGUGCUGCUAUCAUUUUGAAGAUAUUAAUAUGUUUCCAGAGGUCAUCAAAGGUCAAACAGCCAGUUUACAUUUACAAAAACAAACUAAACAUGGCGUCAAUCAACUUUGCUACUUUAGUGCAGCAAUUUUUUUGUGCCGUUAAAAUUUUUUUUUCUAGAGAUCAGACAUGAACAAAACCAAACAAGAAUUAUAUCAUUUUUUUGUAUAUUUGUGACGCUAAACAUUUUGUAGCACAGUUGAUUCACACACAUUUGCUUUUUUGUAAACGGAGGUUGACCUUUCGAAAAAUUUAUUGCUAUCUUUUAAAUUAUAGCAGCACAAAGAAAGAUUUUUUCUGCACCAAGGCUUGACACCAAUUUAAUUUAAUUUCAGCUUCACUCAGGUCGACGAACACCGUAUUUUUGUCAUGUUUUUCCCUCCGUACAUUCAGUUCUGUCAGCCUUACACAACAAAUUUAUCACACUAAACCUCCUGGCCAAGUGUAGAGCCGCCCUCCGAGGGUUUUGACGUCUCGAUGUAAAUAUGAACGUUUUGUGUUUCAUGACUGUCCGGUGGUGAGAUUCUGUGACGUUGUCUCUUGUCAGCCAUUACAGUGGUACUGUUUAUAUCUGUGUUUGUUUACAUGUACUCCCACAUGUCUCAUACAGUCGCUGUAUCGAGUGUUUGCUGAGUAAAAGCUCUGCUAAGUGCUGCAGUGUUUUCUGGGAGGCGGCGUACCAAGAUUGAAGCGCUCAUUUAUCUAAGGUUUGUACUCCGGUCCCAGCUGUGCCACUGAGGAAACUACUUUUUCGCUUCCAACUCUUGCAAUGUGGAUGUAGAAAUAAGGAACUUUUGCCCCCCUUCGUUUGUUGAAUGUUUCCUCUUUAACGGUUUCUCUCGACAAACGUCAGCUUUAGUUUUCACAAUCAUGACACUCAUUUCCUCCGAUCGGGAUCUUGAGUAACUGAUGCCCGGAAAACCCAAUUACAGAAAAACAGUAAAUAUUAAGCUACAGAGACAAUAAGAACACACUUUAGGGUGAAAACUAUAAAUCAAACAUUAAUGUGAGUUUUGCCAAAUGGUUGCUUUUGCUUGAGGAAACUGUUUACCUUUUCAGUAGAAAGCUGAACCGUCACCUUUAGCAAGAAAACGUGAUUGAACAUUUUUAAAUUUUGGAUGCAACUCUAACGUCAUCUGAUGUCUUUUUUUGUUUCAUAAAUUUAAGGUACAUUUAACUGCGACUUUAAUGUUUUUGGGUACUUUUUAAUUUAUUUAAGAUGAAUAAAACUACAUGAAAUGCCA